AAUUAUUCUAAUACUGAUAUUACCAUGAGUAACAACAAUAGCCAAGUCAACUAAAAUAAUGAUAAUUCUCCUUAGAGAUCCGAUACAAACUAAGUUGAGCCGCAUGCAUUGCAUUAAUAGAAUGAAAAAAAAGAAAUUCAACCUAAUUUUACCUAAGCAGAACAAAAUGGAUAGUAAUAUAUAGUUCACUAAUAAUAUAGGGAGGAUCAUCCAUUGAUUGAAUAACAAGUUAAUUAAAAUGAUAGAACUAACACAAAUUUUAAUUAAAGUUAGAAAUGCAAAAGCCAAUCAGAUUUUAGAAAAAGUAUAUUUAUAGCACCUUUUCGAAAUGAAGAGAAUUAGCCUUAAACAUUUUUCUAGAAAGUAAUAGUUUCACCUAUGAUAUAGAUUCAUAAAAAAGAAAAAUAAAAUAAAAAGUGUUGUGAAGUAUGUUGCCUUCCGAUUGGUUCUCAUACUUUUUGUUGUGGUUCAUAAAACACAAGACCUCAUUUUAAAUAGUUUGGGGUUGGUAUCAAUCUAUAUUUUAGAUUCUUAAAAAAGUUAGGGUACUAUUUUAUCAUUUUCACAAUAUUAUCAAUACCAUAAUUAUUUUUUAGCGUAUUAUGUAAUAUUUUGAGAAUUAUAAAUAGCUUAUGUUGGGAGUGAAGCUAGAGAUUCAUCUAAUCCGUUUGAAUUUUUAAUGGCAACCACUAUUGGUGCAACAAGUUUAAAUAAUAAAGAUUGUUAAAUUUAAUCGUUUGAUUCUGACUAUGGACCUCUUGAAUUUAAUUUGUAAUGCGAUUCAGGUAAUCUUGCUGGACCAUCAUUUUUAUACGGCAUAAUUACCUCAAACGAAUAGGAUUGUAUUUAUAUAAGCAAAUCUGAAUUGGAUUUAAAUGUAACUAAUUAAGAUAGAUUGAAUUCAUUAAGACAAUAGGUAGAUUCUUAAGAAUAAUAUUCCUUUACUUUAUCAAAAUCAGAUUUUAAUAAGGAAGAUUUAAGUGGAAUGAAAAUAUAUGCUGGAGCAUAAUGCAAAGAAGCCAUGAUUUCUAUUGGUCCAGUUGAAUUGGAAUAAAAAAUAAUACCACUUAUCUUUGCAUCUUGUGAUGCAGCCAUAGUCUUGCUAUUCAUUUAUUUUUUAGUUUGUUUAACAACGAGUGAAAAAAAGUACAAUAAAAUUUCACAAAAAGAAUCCCCCACCUUAUAACACUUUUCACUUUAGAUAUCAAAUCUACCAAAAUGCGCAGAAAUAAUAAGAGCGCUAUAACUUAAUGAAAAUCAAUAAAUUAAAUAGGUGUUGCUAACAGAAGUGAAAAAAUUUAUUGAUGAAAAAUUAAAGUCUGUUUUAAAAGACGCUGAUUUAUAAAUUUAUGAUAUUUAAGUUUCAGAAAAAGAAAAAAUAUUAAAGUUGUAAUCAGAAUUGAAACAUAAAAAGCAAAUGAUUUCAUAGUAAUUAGAAGAAUUGAAAGCCAAUAAAUCAUAAUUUUAUCAAGAAGCCUAAAAAAAUAUUCAAAUGUCGAUUAUGUCAAAAGAAACAUAUUAAGAUUUUUAUCAAAACUUUUUGCAUUUAUGUGAAGAUCCUAAUUCAUAAUAAAAUCUAACUAAAAUUGAUAAAAACAUUUAGAAAUAUUGGAAUGAAAUAGAAGAGAUUUCCUAAAAGAUUGAAGCAUUAUAAUCAGAAGGGGAUACAAAGUACAUUUGGAUUACUUUCGAUACAAUGAAAUAAAAAUAAUAAGUUUAAGAAUAGCUUCAAAGUCUACCAAAGGAUUGGCUUUAUUAUUACUGCUGUUUUUGCUGUUUCGAUGAUGAAGAAAAAAAUAAAAAAUUGUAAAUAUUAAGAUUUAUUUAGGUUAUUGAAGAAGUUUAAGUUGUAAGUUAAGGAUGCACCUAUCCCUGAGAAUAUCAAUUGGAAUAAUCUUAAUUAUUCUCUAAAACAAAGAAUUUUGAGAUAAUUUUGCAGUCUCUUUAUAACUUUAAUUCUUUUAGCAGGCUCAUGGGUUUUGGUAAGUUGGGUGAAUCUUUAAAAGACAGAUUUUUAACAAAAAUACCCUUCUAUUAAUUGCAAUAAUAAAAUCUAUGACAAUAUUACAGAACUAUAGGUUCAAUAAGAAAUUGAUGAUGAAAAUAGUAUUGCCAUUAAAGGUUAUGUUGAAUGUUACUGUAAGCCAAAGAUUAAUGAUAUUUUUUAAGGAGAUUAUGAAAUUUGCUAAGAUUGGGUGAAAUAGUAUACAUUUUAAUAAUCACUACCCUGGAUAAUUGUAGCUGGACUUAUUGGUGUAAACGUUUUAAUUUAAUACAUAUUCAUUUGUAAAAAUAACCUAAUUGCUUAGUUCUGUCAAAAUGGGAGAAACAUUUGAUGAUUUCGGAAGAGUAUUCAAGCAGAAUUCUAAAAAUAUUUUUAGGUCAAUUUUUAAAUACUGGAUUGAUUCUUCUUAUUACAAAUAUUGAUUUUGGUAAUUCUACAAGAGAUGAUGCUCCUCAGGCCAUUAGAUUUCUUUUUGGAGGAAAGUAUGGGGAUAUUGAUUCUAAAUGGUGUUAAAAUAUUGGAAUUGUUUUGGUAUAUAAUUAUCUAUAUUAUAGUUAUUAACUUUAUUGAUUAACAUUCUGACUUAACCUAUGAUGCUUUUAAUUGAAAUAAUCAUCAGAUAUGUAAGAUAGGCAUAUGAUUAAUGUUCUUGUUGUUUAAAUGAGAAAAAAACUAGAAAGAAGAGCUAUUAAGAUUUCAAAGAUUUAUAUAAGGGAGAAUAAUUUAGGGUUGAAUUAAGAUAUGCACAAGUUUUGACAGCCCUUUAUAUUUGUUUUAUGUAUACUCCCGCUCUCCCAUUCUUAUAUUUCAUUACAAUGCUAACAAUAUGGUUCCUGUACUUUGUGGAUAAGAUUUCAAGUAUUGUAAAUUAUGAUUUUUUAGUUUUCACUACCUAUCGAAAACCAAUCAGGAUAGAUUCAAUAAUUAGUGAAUCUAUAAGAAAAUAUUUAUGGAUUGCUGUUGUAAUUCAUUUAGGCUUUGCUACCUAUAUUUAUGGUAGUACUAAUUUAUUUUAUGAAACAAUUGAGGCAAAAUUAGUAAUAGAUCAAUUAUAAGAUGUCUAUGGGUAAUAGAAUGUUGUUGUAGAAUGGUGGGAUAGAUCAUGGAGUUAAAUUCCAAAUAUCAUUUUACUUGCUAUCCUUGCUAUUCUUAUUAUAAUAAUAUUUUUAUUUUUCUUUUGUUAUAAACCUGUGAUUGGAUUGCUUUCAAAAUGUUUUUCUAGUUUCAAUGAAAAGAUUUUAAGAAAUAAUUCAAAUGAAUAAGAAUAAUAAGAGCUUAGACCAUUUUUGAAAUGUAAGAGUUUUAUAUAAUUAUUUUAGUUUUAAAGAAGGAAUAAAUUUAGGAAGAUGUGAAAUUUACCCAAUUUCAAUAGAUGUUUGCUCCCUCCAUUUAUAAGGGAAAAUAUCUCAAAUUAUUGAAUGAAUUAGAAAUACCUAUUGGCGUCAAUAAUAAUAAUAAUGAGAUCCCGAUUAUGAAUCAAGAUAUUAAAAUAGAAUAAUUGCCUCUAGCUUAAAGCCAAAUUAAAUAAUCAGCUUUGGUUUAAAAUGAAAAUUAGAAUCAAAACUCUUAGAGUAAAGCUAACAAUUAAAAUGAUGUUUCAUAAAGUCAAUUCAAUAAAUCAAAAGCAGAAUAAAAUCAAAUUUAAAGUUCUUAGUAGAAAUUGAUUGGUUUAAGGUCCUAUCACAAAGCAGUAUCAUUUAUUUCUUAUUUUAGUAUAAUAAAUAAUAUCAAAAAUAUUAUGAAUGGGAUGAAAUAAAAGCCAUAAAUAUUGAAUGA